AAACUUAAAUUCAAAACCAAGUCACCAACCAUUGAGGCCGUCGUCUUAGAAUUCAAAAACUCAUAAACUUUAAAUUCUGAAUCCAUCUCCCAUUACAAUAUGAAAUUAACUCAUGUAUAUAUAUUAAGAAAUUUACUAAGAAAGAUACCAACCUUUGAGAUUGUUGUCUUAGAAUUCAGAAUACAUAAACUUUAAAUUCUAAAUCCUCAUCUGAAUAUGACAUGAAACUGACAAAUAUAUCACAUGUGUAAAGUUGUAACCAAGGUUCAUUUUUGUAUAAAAGAAGAACUAAGGUGCUAACUAAAUUAUCACCAAGAGAAAACAACCUAAAAGUUGGAGAGGGGAAAACAAAAGUGUGAGAAAUGGAAGAAAUCACCAACCAAAAAACUCAUGUUCUAGUUUUCCCUUCUCCUGCCCAAGGCCACAUAAAUCCAAUAGUCCAAUUUGCCAAGAUUUUGGCAUCAAAAGGCAAUAAGGUGACAAUUCUCACUAUUGAUUUAGUUUGCAAGACCAUGUUAUUGGAUUGUGGUCCAUUAAUCAACAUUGAGUGCAUUCAACAUGAGUACAAACCAUUUACCUCUAUGGAUGACUUUCUUGAGUGGUUCCAAUGUUUUAUGUUGGAAAAAUUCACUUCAAUUAUUCACAAAUUUGCAAAUACUGAGUACCCUGUGAAGGUUCUUGUCAUUGAUUCACUAAUCACUUGGAUUAUUGACUUGGCACAUGAAUUAGGCCUAAAAGUGGCUGCAUUUCACACACAACCUGUUGCACUAUCAGCCAUAUAUUAUCAUAUUGAUCAUGAAGAUCCUAGUAAAAUUCCAUUUGAUGGUGGUUCUGUUGUGGAAUUGCCUUCAAUUCCCUUGUUGGAAAAUGAAGAUUUGCCUACCUUCAUCACUGAGAGUGAUGCAUAUCCAACUAUCAAGAGGCUUGUGUUUGGCCAGAACUUCAAUUUCAAGAAAGCAGAUUGGCUUUUGUUCAACUCAUUUGAUGUGUUGGAAAAGGAGGUGAUCAACUGGUUAAGGACCCAAUAUAAAAUCAAAACCAUAGGGCCACUUGUUCUGUCAACAUAUCUUGACAAAGUAAAUGGUUCAAGUCUCAUCAAGCCUAAUUAUGAGACUUGCAAAAAUUGGCUAGACUCAAAAGAAGUUGGCUCUGUUGUUUAUGUAUCAUUUGGAAGUUUAGCCAGUCUCGACGAACAACAAAUGGAGGAACUAGCCUCGGGAUUGAUGAUGAGCGAUUGCUACUUCUUGUGGGUCGUCAGAGCUACCGAAGAUAACAAACUCUCCGAAGAAUUCAUGUCCAAGGCAAAAGAAAAAGCACUAAUAGUGAAUUGGUGUCCUCAGCUUGAUGUGUUGGAUCAUCCAGCCGUUGGAUGUUUCUUUACUCACUGUGGAUGGAAUUCGACUCUCGAGGCAUUGAGUCUAGGAGUGCCAAUGAUAUGUAUGCCCCAAUGGGCGGACCAACCACCGAAUUCAAAGUAUAUCAGUGAUGUAUGGCAAGUAGGCAUUCGCGUUAAGGCGGGAAGAGAUGGUAGAAUUACAAAAGAAGAAGUUUCAAGUUGCAUUAAGGAAGUUAUGAAGGGAAAGAAAGGAGUAAUUCUCAAGGAGAAUGCAAUUAAAUGGAAAAAAUUGGCAAGGGAAGCAGUAGAUGAAGGAGGGAGUUCUAACAAGAACAUUAAGGAAUUUAUUCAAGAUUGCAAUGCACUAAACUGAGUAAAAUAGACUCAGCAUUCUCAGAGCAUGUCUUUGGUUUAUUGUUUCUCGUCGUUUAAUUAAUCAUGUAUCGUCUUAACUACUCUUGUUGACUAUCUUUUCGUUAUCAUGUGAUGGUAUCACUUUACUUGUUUGGUUUGAUUGUAUUCAUGUCUUGUACGAUAACUGAUACAUUCAUUAAAUUCUCAUUUGCUAAGACUGUUUAAGACAA